CGUAGGGCGUUUCUUCAGGUAUUCCUCCGACAACAACACACCGAGACACAAAAUGGAGUUAACGUGACCUGGCUGAAGAACAGAAGUUUUUGGCUCAAUAUUAUGCGUGUUCAGAUGAUUUCUCCUCGUCUCUGAUAAAGUCCUACUAUACAAGUCAAAUAAGACUCGGACUAAAGAUGAUUAAAAUGUUUUGGACUAUAAUCGCCACCGUGUUAUUGGUGUCAGAGUCCACCUGGGCUGUUUCAGUACAAUGCCCUACCAAGAGGUACAUUGUCAUUCUCUUCCAGCCUGUCACCCUCAAAUGCACCUACCAGACAACCUCCACUCAGCCUCCUAUUGUUACAUGGACGUACAAAUCGUACUGCCGAGAUCCCAUCCAGGCUGCACUCAACCCCAGUAGUGCAGAGAACAUCCUGUCUCAGAACAACCCCAACUAUGACCCCAACAUUGAGUGUGCUGACAGCCAGAGGACUGUACGAAUUGUGGCAUCGAAGCAAGGAGAUGCUGUCACCCUUGGAAAGGACUACCAGGGUCGUAAAGUUAGCUUUCUGAACAAUGCAGAAUUAAAUAUUGCCCAGACAGCAUGGGGUGAUAGCGGUGUGUACUACUGUUCUGUGAUGUCCUCUCAGGACCUUUCUGGAAACAGCCAAGACUACACUGAGCUCAUUGUUCUUGAGAGAAAGUCAAAUACUACUGACCUCCUGCCUGGCAUUGACUUACUGAUUAUGGAAGAUUGGCUCCUGGUUGUCCUGGUGGUGCUGGGCUUCUUGCUGUUGCUGCUUUUGAUUGGAAUCUGUUGGUGUCAGUGCUGUCCACAUACCUGCUGUUGCUACAUCAGCUGCCCUUGCUGCCCUGAUCGCUGCUGCUGCCCCCGGGCAUUGUAUGAGGCGGGAAAAGCAGUGAAGAAGGGUGUACACAGUGAGUAUGCUCCUACCCUCUAUGCGCCCAGUAUGUAUGCACAACCAGCAUAUGGUGGGGCCAUGAUCAAGCCUGGUAUCCCGCUGCUUCCACUGCCCAAUGGAGCUGGUCAGCCACCGCCCCCAAAUGGUUAUGGUCAUGAGUAUGAUGGCGCAAGCUCGGUGGGACAGGGCUCCCAGGUGCCUCUGCUUCAUGACCAAGAUGGUAGAGGUGAGCAUGCUCGCAGUGGAUACCGUAUCCAGGUGGACCCUGAAGGGAAUGCCACACGUGCCAUCUACUAUGUGGAGAGAGAGCUGGCCAACCUAGACCCAUCUAGACCUGCCAACUACAACCGCUUGGAUAACAUGAGUGAAGUCAGUUCUUUACAUGAUGCCCUUGACCCUAGAGGCCGCGGUGGUCGCUCCCAGCCGCCGCCUCCUAUGCCUACACUAUAUGACCAGGACGAAGCUAUGAGCACCAUUAGCAGUGUGUCCCAGCAUGUCAAUCGUCGAGGUGGAGGAUACGUGGAUAAUCGCAUGCGUGCCCGCUCCAUGGACAACCUUGAUGACAUUGGACACCGCUAUGCCCGAGAUGAUUACCCACCACAUCGUCGCCCGGGUGAACCCAGAGACAGGCGAGGCUCAGAUGAUGAGUGGAGCACAAGUGCUCGCAGUGGCUACGACCGUGACUUUGACAACCGCCGGCGUCAUGACUACUCCCCUGAUGAUCGUUGCAGAGGAGGAGGAGGUGCCCCCUAUGGUGGGCUCCAAGGCAGACGGAGCCACAGCCGUGAUGAUCUGAUGGACCUGGAGAGAGCUCGCCGACGUGGUGGUGGUGGCAGAGAUGAUUAUGAUGACAGCUUCUUGCGAGGGGCCCUGGAGAGAAAGAAGCUCAGUGAGCAGCAGAGGGCCCUCAGCCGGGAGCGCCUGGACAGCGAGAGUGACCGCUCAGAUCGGGGAAGGGGAGCACAUGGUCCUCCUCCUUUGCCUGUGAAUCCACCCUCUGGAUUCCCGGGUCGCCAUGAUGACUACACACCCCCUCUACCACCACCCUACAGUGAAGAUGGGAGUGUGUCAUCCUCAAAGAAGACCAACCUCCGCAAGAAUGGAGCUGUGAGUCGGGAGAGUCUGGUUGUGUAAAUACAAUCCUGCUCAAUGAUACAACUGGGAUUGUUGUAUGAGAAGAAAAAUCAGAUUGUAAAUAUUAUUCACACUAACUUGCUGUGCUGAUUUUGUUUUGUUUUUUUCUUUUUUUUUUAUUGAUUUUUUUAACUGAUUUUUAUGACAUUGUUGCUGACUAUGUAUAUAUAGAUACCUAAUAGAGAAGAGGUGCACACAUGAAACAUUCUGUGGCCUUUGAUCUAUAAAACGUUGUGGCUGCCGCUAGUGCCUUAGAGUGUACAGAAUUUUACUUUGUUGACAUGAUGGUAAGAUGAUAAAUGAUUCUCUGCAAAUCUUCCAGCUGUUUUCAAAGUGUUUCAUACAUUUACAAAAUUGAUACAGCUGUUUGUGUAGAGCAUUAUAUUUUUUAUUUUUAUUUUAUUUGUGAAAACAUUUUUCACAAAAGAUUAUGUGCAUUUACAUACAUUUAUUUUCUUUGCUUCUUGCCUUUUGUUUUAGUUAAGUGUGCUCAACCAAAUAGAUGUUUUUUUUUUUUUAUGUUCUGCAGCUUAUUUUUAAAAAACACAAACUUUUAACAGAUUUUUAACAUUGUAGAAUUGCUGUAUUGAGAAUGAAAAUGUUUAUGGUGGGAUGAUCAUAUUAUGUUUUAGUACUAUAAAUUUUGUAUUGUUCUGAAAAUCAACAAAGAAGGCAAAAUUAUCUUCAGUGCCUUUAUUUUGGCAUAAUGUGUUUUACAUUACAAUGAUUAUGACACAUUACAGCACACAGGGCUUCAUUGAUAUUUACAGUUAUGCUCUUUUAAAAUGCCAUAUUUUAUGAGUUGAACACUGAAAUAAAAGUUCAGAUUUUAUUUUA